AUGUCGAAACCACGGAUGUUGAAUGUGUUUAUAGCUAAGCGAUUAAUAUCUGCAGCCGUUAACAUAUUUGGGAUAGAGGAAAAGUGGAUAGCCCAGUACCAGCAGCAACUAGCAGCAGUGACUGUUGAGAUAAUGGCAGCAGUGGAAAAGACGAUAGAACAAGAGCUCUCCCGUUCAAAGGAGGAGAAUGAACGUCUACGGAGGCUUCUUCUGGAGUUGGGAGCAGGUUCGUAGUUAGGUCUUGAAAGAGAGAGGGGGGGUUUACACCGGUAACAAAUAACCACCAGAGAGGGGCAGCUAGCUUAGCCCAUAGCAUGGCUAGAAUUAUCUGCUUUUAGCAACGCUGGUGUAUUUCAGGGGAGAACGACUGCCCCUUCUCAUUGAAGCCACUGCACGAACUUCAAGGCCGCCCGCGGUACUGCCGGCAUUGUUUGCAGAAAAACAGGAUCACCCAUUAUAGUGAAUAGGAAAAUGCCAAUCUUCGUGUAAAUAAAUACACAUUUCGAAAACAAUCACGGUACCAAUAAAUGCUUAUAUUACUCCAGAUGUACACAAGUUAUAAGGAUAAUUUAGUAGCUAAUGGCAGCCUGCAGUACCCCCGGUUGGCCUACAGCUUGACAUACUCAAUGAGAGGGCGCUAGCCUGUAACGUCACUUCCUGGAGGAGCUAAAACAGCGCAUGUUAUUGGCCCGUUUAAAACAACUCGGAAAAAUACGAGUUCAAAUCAUGACGUCAGUGAUCUUCAGGUCGGAAAAGCGGAGCUCUAGAAAUAGCCGGAGUUGGAUGACGGUAAAAAACGCGCUUUUGCCCAGUCUGAGCUCGGUUUUUCCCGAGUUCCCAGUUGUUUUGAACGCUCGGAAGUCGGGAGAUUUCCGAGUUCCUAGUUUUAAACGUGGCAUUAGUCUACACACAUGUCCCACAUGAGAAGCCAUCAUAACCGAUUCCUUGGCUUCAAAUAGGAAUGAAUGGUGUCACGCGAUCGAUGGCUUUGUCUAUUCAAAUUGUAAUUGGUGUAUUUACACUAGUAUUGCUUUAAAUUGCCUUGCAAAAAAACAAAACAGGAAGAGUCCGCAGGAAGCCAGACGUUAAAUACAAUUCCAUUUCAACUUACUGUGGUGGUGGGCUGGACUGUUGGUCUUUAUAACGGGGGAAUUUCAAACAAAAUAUCUAAAGGAACGUAUUAUUAAGCAGACUUAACUAGAAUAGAUUCCCACCUACUGUGACGUAUUAUUAAGCAGACUUAACUAGAAUAGAUUCCCACCUACUGUUGGAAAUGUUCUGUUCUGAUUAGUCAAACGGCAGUGCUGGCUCAAAAUGUGGCUCGGAAAACAUACCUCAAUGGUCCAUGGCACUCUACCUCAAAUUUUCCAAUGAUCCAAAAUGCUAAAUCGAGAAUAUUGAAAUACUAAACUGCCUUUUUUUGUCCUCAUGCUAGGUAGCAGAAGCCACAGCAGCCAUUUUGGAAUGCACAUUUCAUUGAACAACAAGGGGCCUGAUUGGCUGACUAUCCUUUGUUUUUCAACCCAACAGGCAUUCCAAAAUAACUACUGUGGCUUCUGCUACCUAGCAUGAGGACAGAAAAGGCAGUUCGAUUAAAAAAUAGUAGUACUUCAAUGUUCUCGAAGUAGCAUUUUGGAUAAUGGGAUAAUCAGGAGUACAGUGCCAUAUCCCAUUCCUAGAUUGAGGUACGUUUUCCAAGCAAUAUCUUGCGCCAGCUUCGCCAUGUGAUUAAUCAAAACAGAAGGCAUUUCCAACCUUACAGGAGAGCAGAGCUUUAAUGUUGGAAUCUAUUCUAGCAACCCAUAGCUUAGCCACAUUAUCUGACUAUCCGUUCAUGUUAUAGUGAAGGAGGCCUGUUUUCUCUUUCUGCGAAACUUUUACCAGGUAAGUUGUCUGAGAACACAUUCUCAUUUACAGCAACAACCUGGGGAAUCAAAUCAAAUCAAAUCAAAUUUUAUUGGUCACAUGCGCCGAAUACAACAGGUGCAGACAUUACAGUGAAAUGCUUACUUACAGCCCUUAACCAACAGUGCAUUUAUUUUAAACAAAAAAAGUAAGAAUAAAAACAACAACAAAAAAGUGUUGAGAAAAAAAGAGCAGAAGUAAAAUAAAGUGACAGUAGGGAGGCUAUAUAUACAGGGGGGUACCGUUGCAGAGUCAAUGUGCGGGGGGCACCGGCUAGUUGAGGUAGUUGAGGUAAUAUGUACAUGUGGGUAGAGUUAAAGUGACUAUGCAUAAAUACUUAACAGAGUAGCAGCAGCGUAAAAAGGAUGGGGGUGGGGGGGCAGUGCAAAUAGUCCGGGUAGCCAUGAUUAGCUGUUCAGGAGUCUUAUGGCUUGGGGGUAGAAGCUGUUGAGAAGUCUUUUGGACCUAGACUUGGCACUCCGGUACCGCUUGCCGUGCGGUAGCAGAGAGAAACAGUCUAUGACUAGGGUGGCUGGAGUCUUUGACAAUUUUGAGGGCCUUCCUCUGACACCGCCUGGUAUAGAGGUCCUGGAUGGCAGGGGAGCUUUGCCCCAGUGAUGUACUGGGGCCGUACGCACUACCCUCUGUAGUGCCUUGCGGUCGGAGGCCAAGCAGUUGCCAUACCAGGCGGUGAUGAUGAUGCAACCAGUCAGGAUGCUCUCGAUGGUGCAGCUGUAUAAUUUUUUGAGGAUCUGAGGACCCAUGCCAAAUCUUUUUAGUCUCCUGAGGGGGAAUAGGCUUUGUCGUGCCCUCUUCACGACUGUCUUGGUGUGUUUGGACCAUGAUAGUUUGUUGGUGAUGUGGACACCAAGGAACUUGAAGCUCUCAACCUGUUCCACUACAGCCCCGUCGAUGAGAAUGGGGGGCGUGCUCAGUCCUCUUUGAAGGGGAGAUGAAUGAGCCAAUUGGAGGCUGGGGAUAAUUAGGUGGCCAUGAUGGUAUGAGGGCUAGAUUGUGAAUUUAGCCAGGACACCGGGGUUAACAGCCCUACUCUUAGAAUAAGUGCCACGGGAUCUUUAGUGAACACAGAGAGUCAGGACACACGUUCAACGUCCCAGCCGAAAGACGACACCCUACACAGGGCAAUGUCCCCUAUAAUUGCCCUGGGGCAAUGUCCCCUAUCACUGCCCUGGGGCAAUGUCCCCUAUCACUGCCCUGGGGCAAUGUCCCCUAUCACUGCCCUGGGGCAAUGUCCCCUAUCAUUGCCCUGGGGCUUUGGGAUAAAUAUAUUUAUUUAGACCAGAGGAAAGAGUGCCUCCUACUGGCCCUCCAUCUCCACUUCCAGCAGCAUCUGGUCUCCCAUCCAGGGACCGACCAGGCCUGACCCUGCUUAGCUUCAGAGGCAAGCCAGCAGUGGUAUGCAGGGUGGUAUGCUGCUGGCCAACUGCAUAUAAGAGUAAUGUGAUGUAGCCUAAUGUAAGUAGCUAUCUAACUAAGCACUCUCAUCCCUUGUCGUUCCUCAUUGUGACAAAAGCAAAGAGCAGCCACCCUCCUAGCUAGAUUAACUUCUAUAUGCUGUAUGAUAUUCCUUUAGCCUCAGCAGAGCACAGAGACACAUGAGUGUAUUUGGAUAAAUGUGACGUAUCUUAGGUUUUUUCUUGAUUGUCUAUCUGGAUAAUUAUUCCCUCUCCUUCUCUCCAGACCCCCAGCAGCUAACUGUCCCUGAAGAGGUUCCUCCUGAGCAGCAGCAGGAAUGGAGCCCCAGUCUGGGUCAGGAGGACCCAGAGGCCACACAGAUUAAAGAGGAACAGGAGGAACUCAGGACCAGUCAGGAGGAAGAGCAGCUUCACAGACUUGAGUCUGAUCCCACAGAUGUUGUAGAGUUCAUAUUUACUGCUCCUCCCUGUGUGGAAAUAGACUCUGAUCAGGACAGAGAGAGGGAGAGGGACUCUCUACCCACCAACACAAACUGAACAGAUCCAAACAGAACCUGAUGGAGAGGACUACAGAGUAUCAGAACUAACCAGUGACUCUCUGCUCCUCUCUGCAGUAAAUCCAGACUGUUCUGCAGCUCACAGUGAAAUCAUUGUAAGUGUGGAUGAAGACGAGAGUGAAGAAGUUCUGUCAGAGUUAAAGACCCUCAAAUCAAGGAGGACACAGGCAGAGAAACGACAAAGCUCUCAAGUCUGCCCUGAGGCCAAGACAACCAGUGAGCUGAAAGAACCAUUGAAGUCUCACACAACUAAGACACCAUUCAAGUGUCCUGUGUGCAGUAAACGCUAUAAGACACUAGGCGGUUUUUAA